AUGGAAGCGAAACAAGACGUGUUAUCCAGUGCGGCGAAGAGUAUCACAGCAUCACCAAUUCAGGAACUCUCUCAUCUUGCCCAGAGAUGCAACGCCAUCAACCUCGCCGAAGGAUUUCCCGACUUCCCUGCACCUUCCCACAUCAAAGACGCUGCCAUUUCCGCUAUCAAUUCCGACUUCAACCAGUACAGGCACGUACAAGGAAUAUGUGACCGCGUGGCAAUCAUAAUGAACCAAAUGCACGGAUUGGAUGUCAACCCUCUUACUGAUAUAGCUAUUUGUUGUGGCCAAACUGAAGCAUUUGCGGCAGCAGCGUUUGCUAUAAUAGACAAGGGUGAUGAAGUUGUACUGUUUGACCCUUGUUAUGAAACAUAUGAAGGGUGCAUUAGGAUAGCUGGGGGAGUUCCAGUAUAUGUGCCCCUUGAUCCACCUCAUUGGACCUUGGACCCUAACACAUUCAUCAAGUCUUUUUCUGGGAGAACAAAAGCUGUAGUACUCAACAGUCCUCACAAUCCAACUGGCAAAGUUUUCACAAAAGAUGAACUUGAGAUUAUUGCUGGAGAAUGUCGCAGCAGGAACUGCCUAGCUAUAACAGAUGAAGUAUAUGAACAUAUAACAUUUGACAGUGAGAAGCAUAUAUCCCUUGCCUCGUUUCCAGGAAUGCAAGGACGGACCAUUAUCACAUCUUCCUUAUCUAAAACGUUCAGUGUCACAGGAUGGAGGAUUGGAUGGGCAAUUGCUCCAGCUUUUAUUGCCUCUGCUAUCAGAAACAUUCAUGUGAAAGUUACCGAUUCUGCACCAGCACCUUUCCAAGAAGCUGCCUUGACUGCUUUAAGAAGCCCCCUUGAAUACUUUGAAUCAUUGAGAAGCGAUUAUGAAUCAAGGAGAGAUUACGUCGUCAAUCUACUUGCUAGAAUUGGAUUCAAGAUUCAUUUCAAGCCUCAUGGUGCAUUCUUUUUAUUUGCAGAGCUGCCUGAAAAUUGCCCACUCUCUGAUGUAGAAUAUGUUCGAAAGUUAAUCCAACAAGCAGGAGUAGUGGCUGUGCCAGGAUGUGGAUUUUUUCAUGCAGACUCAUCUGUGGAGAAACUUGCUCAGGAGCGUUAUAGCUAUCAGGAUAGAUACAUCAGAUUUGCAUUCUGUAAAAAUGAUCAGACUUUGGCUUCUGCAGCAAAAAGACUUGGGGAGCUUUUGGAUACUGCAGGGUGUCUCAAGCUUAAAUGAUUUCGUAGCGCUCAAGAAUACCUCUUAUUUGUGUACUGAAAUUUUCAGAUGAUUAGAAUACAACUUAACUGAAGGUUAUGUAAACUUGUAUUUGACUGAAUAUUCAGAAUAGGUACUCAUAUUCUUGGGCCUUUUAUCUCCAAAAAGGACAAAACAGGAAAGCUUGUUGUCGGACAGAGCAAAAAUAGAACAAAAAAAAGCCCUGAUGCUUUAGGAC